AUGUCGGUUCAAGACGGAGCACGCUUUGACUUCAUUGUCGUGGGUGGCGGCACAGCUGGCAACAUCGUUGCUGCACGCUUGGCUGAGAACCCGACCGUCAAUAUUCUCGUCGUUGAAGCUGGGAUCGGCAACUCCAUUGUUAAUGAAGACAUUCGCACUCCUGCGCUUGCCAUGGAUCUCCGGGGUAGCCAGUACGACUGGGCGUACAAGACCACCAUGGUCAAGCGCAAUGACUAUGAGCGUAUCGAGAAACCCAAUACCCGUGGGAAAGCGCUUGGUGGUAGCUCAUCACUUAACUACUUUUCCUGGGUGCCUGGAUCCAAGGGUACUUUCGAUAUGUGGGAGGAAUACGGGGGCAAGGAGUGGACAUGGGAUCCCCUCGUCCCUUAUCUUCGGAAGAGUGCAACCUACCAUGAUGACGCGGGCCUCUUUCCGAAGGAACUGAAGAAGAUUGGCACUGGCGGCCCGAUUCACAUCGCCCAUGCGGACCUCAUGCCGGAAAUGAGCCGUUUCCGUGAGCUCCUUAUCAAAGCUUGGAAGUCCACUGGCGAGCCUAUUUCCGAGAACAUAUUUGACGGCGAGAUGCGUGGCCUUGUUCACAGCGUCAAUACAAUCUACAAAGGCCGACGGUCAGGAAGUUUCCUUGCGGUGGCCGAUAAGAAGAAUAUCACUAUCCUACCUGAAGUCAUUUCGAAGCGGCUAAUUCUCGACAAUGCCGAUCGGGCGGCAAAGGGAGUGACUGUGAUCACGAGCUCGGGGCAAGAGCUUAGCUUCUACGCCACGCGUGAAGUUAUCGUAUCUCAGGGUGUUUUUGAAACCCCCAAACUCCUCAUGCUGAGCGGCAUUGGACCCGCUUCUGAGCUGGCUAAGCAUGGCAUCCCUCUGGUGGUCGACUCGCCUCAUGUUGGCCAGCAUUUGCUGGACCAUCCCGGUGUUCCUUUCGCGCUUCGGGUCAAGGACAAUUUCUCUAUGGAUAGCCAUGUCCUUAGAAAAGGCCCUCUUCAUGAUAAGGUCUUGUCGACUUACUCCAAGGGCCACGCUGGCGCCAUGGGGUCACCCUUCCUCGAGAUGAUCGGAUUCCCCCGCAUCGACAAAUACCUGGAGAAGUCACCUGAGUACCGCAAGGCAAAGGCUGCGAAUGGUGGCCUUGAUCCCUUUUGUCCAUACGGCCAGCCGCAUUUCGAGCUCGAUUUCAUCCCGCUCUUCGGUAGUGCAUUCCAGUGGCACUUCCCGCACCCCAACAAGGGUAGCUACAUGACUGUCAUGGUUGACCUUGUUCGCCCGGUAUCCGAGGGUGGCGAAGUCACUCUGAACAGCGACGACCCCUUGGAACAAGCUUCUAUCAACUUGAAUUAUUUCAACAACGAUCUUGAUAUCAUUGCUAUCCGUGAAGGAAUCAGAUUCGCUUACGACGUUCUCAAAAAUGGUGAAGGAUUCAAGGAUAUUGUCGAAGAUGAGUAUCCAUGGGACAUGCCACUGCACGAUGAUGAGGCAAUGAAGAGAACAGUCUUAGACCGUUCUCAGACCUCGUUUCAUCCAUGUGGUACUGCUCGCCUGUCGAAAACCAUCGAGCAGGGCGUUGUGGAUGCCAGUCUGAAGGUGCACAAGAUCAAGAACCUCCGUGUCAUUGAUGCGUCUGUCAUUCCCGUCAUUCCUGACUGUCGUAUUCAAAACUCUGUCUACAUGGUGGCUGAGAAGGGUGCAGAUGCCAUCAAGCACGAUCACAAAGACCUCUAUCAUUAG